GUCGCGAUAAGCUAAGGGCCCUUUGAAUUCGACUUUGGCCGGCGCGAAAUGGGCAAGACAAGGCCCUUGGAGCAGAUGAGGCGUUCCAAGUCCCCAUGUUUUAGACCUACGCCAGUUCGUAGGGACAGCCCGUGGGCGUGGACGCUGAGGGUUCGCCAGCCGGGGGUAUCGAGGCUAGACCGAUGUGGGACCCCCUGCUGCUCCCAGGACGAGGGCAAAGUCUCCCCGGUGUUGGACUCGAUUUUGUCCGAACGAAGGACCUGCUUGGCCGAGGCGACUCUGAUCAGCGGUCCUGCCCGGGCCGGAUGUCCUGCUUUGACCGAGGUGGCCCGGAGUUCCCGUUUUGGCUGAGGGACGCCGUGGGAUGGUGGAGCCGUCGUGGUCGAUGGGAGCUAAGGAGCUUGCCUUGGCCGUUGAGGUCGAGGAGCGUUGUUGAAGCCAGACCGACGUUGUAGGUAGAGGUGACCAACAUGUUUGCUUUGUGGGUCCCAACUGCUUUCCCAUACUACUGUAUACAGGGGUUGCUUUCGUGGCUUUGGCCGAAGGGUUUCUCCAAGGGUGGACAGAGGAUAUUGCUCUGCAGCCGAGGGGAAACAUCACUCUUGUUUCCAAGAUGUGGUAGCAUCGCUCUUGUUUUGGUUUGGCCGAUGCGUUGUCUUUCUCUUUGUUCCGGCCAAGGCGAAGCUGAGAGCGUGUUAUGUGGAAAUUACUACGGCAGUCUGGCCGAUGGUACAAGCGUGUUCUGCGGAAAUCACUACGGCAGUCUGGCCGAUGGUACACUUCUGGCCGAUGAUGUGUUAUUGGCCGAUGAUGCACUGUUGGCGGAUGUGUUGCUGGCCAAUGAUGCACUGUUGGUCGAUGAUGCACUACUGGUGGAUGUGUUGCUGGCCGAUGAUGCACUGUUGGCGGGUGCGUUGCUGGCCGAUGAUGCACGGCUGGCCGAUGAUGUGUUACUGGCCGAUGGUGCGCAGGUUCCGUGACUGAGUAUUGUCUUUGGCCGAAGGGACGGCCUUUCCCUGUUUGAGCCGAUGGUUUUUUUUGUUUGGCCGAAGAGAAACCACUUGCUACCCGAAGAUGAGGGUCCCAUUUGGCCGUGGUGAAACUUAGGCCGGCAUUUGGCCGAAGAGAAGCCACCUGUUGCUCGAGGAUGAGGGUCCCGCUUGGCCGAAGGAUAGCUUGGGGUGUCCGCUUUCUUUUGUUUAGAACCUGGACUUCGGUUUGUACUUGGCGGUUGGCCGGUCAUUGGACGAGGGGCUGCCACUGGUUUUACUUUUGUUUUGGCCGAAGGUGUAGCUGGGACUCAAUUUAUCAGGGUGGCAUCAUGUGUGUUAAAUGUGUCAAUUUUACUCCUGUCCUGCUCGGUAAUAGCUAAGGGUGUGGUCUCCUCAUUUGUUUGACCAGCACAUAGUUUGUGUGGUCUCCUCAUUUUUUGGCCUUGUAAUUGAAUUGUAAUAGGAAUGAAGCAAUUUCUGACCGAGGGGUAAUGUUACCCCACCUGGGAUCGAGAUGGCAUCUUGCCAUUAAUUGAUUGAGAGGAUCUCACUUGAUUUUCUCUAACUCUCUAUGAAAGCACUAUUUGAUGGA